AGCAGUUAUAACUCUCUUGGGGGAGAGGAGUGAAGAUGGGAUUUUCAGCUUGGAAGCUGGGCUGCAACCAAAAACAGCAGAAAGGGAAGGAUGGAUCGUACUUGGCCGAGUUCCUGUUGGAAAAAGGCUAUGAGGUGCAUGGCAUCGUUCGUCGGUCCAGUUCCUUUAAUACAGGCCGGAUUGAACAUCUCUAUAAGAACCCACAGGCUCACAUUGAAGGAAACAUGAAGCUGCACUAUGGGGAUCUCACAGACAGCACCUGCCUGGUGAAGAUCAUUAAUGAAGUCAAACCCUCUGAGAUUUACAACCUGGGAGCUCAGAGCCAUGUCAAGAUUUCUUUUGACCUAGCAGAAUAUACUGCUGACGUUGACGGGGUUGGCACUUUACGGCUCCUAGAUGCUAUUAAGACCUGUGGCCUUAUCAACUCUGUGAAGUUUUACCAAGCCUCCACCAGUGAACUUUUUGGAAAAGUGCAAGAAAUCCCGCAAAAAGAGACCACCCCUUUUUACCCAAGAUCGCCUUACGGGGCAGCAAAACUGUAUGCCUACUGGAUUGUGGUGAACUUCAGAGAAGCCUACAAUCUCUUUGCUGUGAACGGCAUCCUCUUCAAUCAUGAGAGCCCCAGAAGAGGGGCCAACUUUGUCACUCGAAAGAUCAGCCGCUCGGUAGCAAAGAUUCACCUUGGACAGCUGGAUUGUUUCAGCCUGGGCAAUCUGGAUGCUAAGAGAGACUGGGGCCAUGCCAGGGACUACGUUGAGGCCAUGUGGUUGAUGUUGCAAACGGAUGAGCCUGAGGACUUUGUCAUAGCCACUGGGGAGGUCCACAGUGUCCGUGAAUUUGUGGAGAAGUCAUUUAAGCACAUUGGGAAAACCAUUGUGUGGGAAGGGAAGAAUGAAAAUGAAGUGGGACGAUGCAAAGAGACUGGCAAGAUUCAUGUGACAGUCAAUCACAAGUACUACAGGCCAACUGAAGUGGCUUUCCUGUGCAGGAAAUGUAAUAGGAAGUUAUUUUUAUUAACGAAGAUCAGAGAAUAUGCAGCAACAAACUACUAAGAAUGGUGUGGAAAAUCCGGUUAUUUUUCCAGUCAGACCAGAAGAACCUGUGGCCAUUGACCAGCAGGAGCCUAAGGGUCAGAUUACUAAGCAGCAGGAUCAGUGAACUGCAUGGCAAUUGGAAUCUGUGCGUCUUUAAAUACACACCAACAAACUUACAUUACAGUCAGAAAGAAAUCUUGAACACCAUGUAGCUGGUAUUUGUAGCCAUUCAUUAAUUGCUUUGUGCUCUGUUUUGUCUGCCUAAUCAACACAAACAGCAGACUUGUUUGAUUUCAUUUGCAAAUGUGAAACCAAUUGAUUUUACGGCAAUAUACUGCUUGCUGAGCAGUAUUUUUCCAUCAAGACAGUCAGGUUAUACCAGUUACCAAAAACUGAUGGGGCAGAACAGUGAGAGCCUUAGAUAGAGAGACAAGGUCUUUGGCAGAAUGUUUUGGAAUUUGUUAGGGGAAAUGUACCCCUCGGUUCAGCGUAGCCUUGAGUGUGCUGGGAGGACUUUUUCCUUUCAAAAGCUAUGACAAGCUGUGGCAAUACUCAGCCCACAUCCAUAACACACUUGUCAAGGGACUGUGAGAUGAGGGAAUGAGGAGCACAGUGCCUUCAUUUGCAGCAACAACAUGUAUUUCAUCUGUAGAAGAGAUAUUCAGCUGUCUACCUUGUCCGGACUUAACCAGUGACCAGUGUUUUAACUUAUCAGGUUUGGUUGAACACACGUGCAGUAUAAAAAAAUGUUUGUUUCUGGGCAGGAAAUGCAUUAGCCUUUAAAUGAAUAAAGUGUG